AUGCCCCGUUCCCUUAUGAACCAGUUCUUAGAGUUCUACUACCCUGAUCUCCAGGCGGCACAGAGGCUCAACCUGUCCUCUAAGAGACGUCGCCGUCAUGGCGGGGGCUCAGCAACAGCCGACGGUUCACAGUCGGCCGCGGAUGGUCCGGUGUUCGUGACCCGCUACGCCGAGCUCCUCCGGGACUCGCCUCCUGCCGUACCGCCGGCCCUGCUCAGGGGUCUCAGCCGCAAGGACACCGGCCUCGGAAAGGUGAAAGUGAUGCUGCGAGUGUGUCCUGCUGCUGCAAGCGGAGGCGAGUCUUCGUCAUCGUGCUCAACGCCAUCGCACUCGCCAGCACACGAACCCGGUACCUCGGUCGGUGGUGCCUCAAGCUUCCUUCAACUGGACUCGCGCAAGAAACAGGUGACGCUGUAUGACCCCACGGCGAGCGUAGGCUGCGGCGGCAGUGCAGAUAGGGCGUCCUCGGGUGAUGAGGCGACCACUCCGAGCUCGCCUUCGUCCGCACCCGCGCGACUGACAGGCGUCGCCGCACCGAAGAUGUUCGCCUUCGACGCCGUGUUUUCGCAAGCCGCUACACAGGCGGAGGUGUGCUCCAGUGCCCUGACUGAACUGGUUCAGGCGGUGGUGAACGGAACUGACGCCUGUCUCUUCGUCUACGGACCCGCCGGACUCGGCAAGACGUGGACGAUGCUGGGCAGCGGUUCGAGCCAAGAGCUGGGAGCCAUCCCGUGCGCGGUGUCCUGGCUCUUCCGCCUCAUCGACGAACACAAGCAGCGCACCGGUGCCCGUUUCUCGGUGCGCGUCUCGGCCGUGCAGGUGGCCGGACGCUCGGAACACCUGAGAGACCUGCUCGCCGAACAGGCCAACGGCACCGAGGGUUCCGGCACUGCCCCCGGUCUUUACCUGAGGGACGACCCAAUCCUGGGCACCAAGCUGAUGAACUACAGUGAGCUACGCGCUCCUACGGCCGAGAAGGCGGCCUUCCUUUUGGACGCUGCUGUGGCCGCUGCGGCGGCAGCCAAUCAGAGGUCCGAGUCAGAGAGCCGGAACCGCCACUUCCUGUUCACUCUGCACGUCUACCAGUACCGGGUGGACAAGAGCGGCCGAGGUGGAGUGGCUGGAGGACGCAGCCGGUUGCACCUUUUCGACCUGGGCAGCUGCGAGCGAGGAACCAAGGCAGGCGGCCCACUCAGCCUCUCCGCUUUGGGCAACGUCAUCCUUGCACUGUUCAACGCACAGAAGAGACUACCCUUCCGAGAGUCCAAGGUGACGCAGCUGCUGAAAGAAGCCCUGGGAAGUGUCACGUGUCGGGCCGCCAUGAUAGCCCACGUGUCUCCACUGUCGGCUAACUACGCCGAGACGCUGGCCACGAUACAGCUCGCGUCCAGGAUGCACCGCAUGAGACGCAAGAAGCUCAAGUACGGAUCAACCAUGGCGAGCGCCGCGGCAGACGGCGUCGAAGGCGUCUGCCGGCCUUUCAUGCGGACCCAGGCGCUGAACGAGGAAGGCUCGGGCCCGCGGUCCGGCAGCUCAGACCCGGAGUACACGUCCAGCAGCGAGCAGUCGUGCGACACGGUCAUCUACGUGGGCCGGCACCAGGACUUCACGGACAACGAAGGCCCACCGCCGGCGCUCGAAGCGGUCCUCUCGGCUCCCACGCCUCAGAACUCGCCGGCGAGGACGGUGACGUCAAAACCUGCCGAGUCCCCGUCGCGACACGGCGGAAGCAGCAGUGCCUUAGGACCGGCGGCCAUCACCAGGACGGAUGCGCCCACACCUUCAAAGGUUGGCGUCGGUCCCCGUUGCCUAAAAACGCCGCUGAGAGCCACGGCAAGGCACAUCACUACGCUAAAGAAGAGCCACCGCGGCACCGGUGGCUCCAAUGCCCCCACCAAGGACCCACCUGUGACGUCAGCUUCGACAGCGAGCCACGACGCAGCCGGUGGCUCUCGGCGCGCUAGCGACGAGCUCUGGAUCGACGGUCCUCGCUUCUCGAAGCCACGCUUCGACUCGCGCACCCUGGACCAGCUGCAGAAGGAGCAGUGGGUGGACGGACCCGCGGUGGCGGCCGCCGUGUACGGAUACAUGGACGACCACAAGAAGAACAUGGUCGAACGCUGGGUGCAGGAACACUCACGCUACGCUCAGGGACACAAGGGCGCCAAGAAGCACCGGCCGGCAGUCGGCCAACAGGACCGGUACCCAAGUCCUAAGUCCACUCCGGAGCACAGAAAGACGAGGACGCACCACGAGCACCACUCGAAGAGGAGGACCUCACCGGAGAGGUGUCACGUCAAUGGAGGAUGCUCCAGGGAACAACAUCAUGAGCGUAAAACCGCACACGACACUUUCUCUUCGGAGCAGCAGCAGCACGCUCCAAAGUCGGUUAAGUGCGCUCCCGCCAAGAGAGACCAAGGCCAGAACACCUCGGCCACGACGGCGACGCGCGAAGAAGUCGCCCCGUGCCACGACGUCCACAUGACGCCAGCCGAAGAGGAACAGCCUGAAUCACCGGUACAUAUGCAGGACUGCUGCUUGCAGGUCACUGAGGAAGACAUCCUCGCCGCGACGUCUGGCUGGCCUGCGACGAACGACGAGAACCCGCUGCCCGAGGUGGACCAGGGAAGCAGCAAGAACGGAGCCGGCAGUGGAAGUCAGGGAAGCCACCCGCUCCGCGUCCUGAGCGACGAUGGCCUCAACCUGCCUUCCUCCUUCACAGACUCGAGGUCCGUAAGCGUGGACCUGAACCACGUCGUCGGCGACGACGCCGAGAUAUUGGGACACGUUUACGGGGGCCUGACCUGGAAGCUCCUUCAGGGCACCCUUCUGCAACGUCGUCGCGAGCGGCACCAGAGGCUCUACGGGGACGACUUGAGUGUCGGAGUCAAGGGAGAUGUCCUCACCGAGAAGCUGGAGCGCAUCGCCCGGCUGAGAAAGUUGACGUCACCGUAUUUCGACAACAACAAUGAGCGUAUACCAUCCCUGCUCAUAAUGCGCAGCGGUACGUCCAGCCCCACGGGAGGCCGGUACGGCAGCUUGCCAAACCGCAAGCAGCGCAAGGACCUGUGCGACGACCACGAUGGCUCAACGGACGAUGGCAGCAACAGUGACUGCGCGGACGUCACGAGCACCAAAAGCGAACCAGCUGACCUGGAUGCUGCGGACAGGUACGACAUCCAGAGGCUUAACAUUAAGCCCAUGAACGGCCUCAAGCUGGAGGCCUUCUACAACCGAAUCCAAAAAUCAAACUCCUCCCUCGCCGAAAGCCAGGACCUGUCACCGCCUAAGCUAUCACCUCAGGGUGACACCCUUUUCCAGUCGUACUCGGAGAAGCUCGAUCUCCUGGCCAAGGACUUCGGCGUGUUUCCGGGUGCGCAUGAUCCUCCGGUAAUAGACGUCCAACCUCACAGACUAUUCCCAUUGCUGAACGCGAGCAGUGAGCCUGACGGGCUUUCAGCUAAUCACAGAGUUCCUCCUCAAGGCACAGAAGCUCCACCGCCAGAUUCCUCCCCUCCAGAGGCUUCGGGGGACUGUGUUUCGCCGGCUGCCUGCUCCUUCGCCAGGCAGCCAAGGCGGCUAAGCAGCGGAGGGCCGAGCGAAGAUGUCGCCGCCAGGUUGGCACAGAACGGCGAUUACGUGGAGAAGUCGACCUCUAAACCUAACAGGGUACUCGCCAAUGGCACCCGUACGGGUUCCUCGACGCAACAACACGUAAAACAGGAGCAACACUCGUCACCAAAGAGAGUCAUCGCGUCGGGCUCGAAACCACAACGUAAACUCAGCUCAGGAAGUGUUCCUAUGCCGGGAGCGGCUGUUACCUUGGCGCACAAGAUUCACAUGUCGCCAUCAGAGCCGGCCGCCAGCCCGACGAACAGCGCUUGUGGCACGCUCACUAGUUGCUGUAGCCCGACUAGGAGUCGAGCGAGCGCCAAGAACGGGCGAACUACGACGGCAUCAGCGACACCGGCGGCCGUCAUCACCAAGGCACCGUGCAGCAACGGCAAGCAUUGCGACCCUGCAAGGCUAGCCAAGAAGCCGCCGCACAGCUAUGCCACGAACAACCCACUCUGCCGGAGCGUGUCGACGCCUACGACUCCGUGCAGCGCGAUAGACUCGAAGUCGGCGAUCCAGAGGGCGGAGACGGUGGACUCGGGCGUGCUGCCGUCACCGUACGCUACGGUGACGCAGGCGAGGCCCACGAUACGCAAGUCCAGCAGCGGACAUGGCAGCAGUGACUCGAGCAGCUUCAAGGGCGUCAUGAAGACGGUGCAGGUGGUGCAGUGCUCGGGCACGAGCAGCGGAUACGAGAGCAUCAUUCUGCGUGACAGCACGCCGGCCUCCAGCCAGGACUCGGGCAGCGAGCGAGGCAACAAGGAGGCGCGGGGCCGCAAGGGUUCCCGCAAGAUGGCGCAAGUGCAGGCGGAGGAGCCGGCGGCAGGAGCCGGUCGGCGCCGGGCCGAAGCCCUCCCGAGAGCCCGCCCGUGCGAAGGCGUCAGCACAUGCCGGGACUCGGCAGGCACGUGCAGCGCUGGCACCAGCAGCACGGACACGAUCUGCGCGGGGGACAGCCCGAAGACGAAGUGGGCUGUGCUGGCCUUUUGUGCUGCAGGCUUCUGGACUUCUACUAGGCGACACAGCAGGGCCACCUCGUUGCGGACAGAGUGAACCUGCCUGUGCAAAUGGUGCGGAGGUGUUGUGCGUGGAAAGACUCUUACACCUCGAGCCAACUUG